CGGGGAAGGAACAGCCCAGGACGGGAUCCGGGAGGCCCGGGCUCCGCAGCCGCAUCCGAGAAGCCCUGGGUAGUCGCGGCGCUGCUUCCCCGGGGCGAGCUCUCCGGGCGGCCCGCGGGGUGGCCACGGGCGCCUCCACCCGCAGCUGUCGCUCCUUAUAAGGCGGGGGCCGGGCGGCGCCGGGGGAGGGGCUGCGUCUUCAGCCCGGUCCUGGGUUCCCGGGCGGCGCUGGGCUGGGGGAGCGCAGUGCAGCACAGCCGCUGGGAGUGAGAAGCGCGCCUAGCCGGCCAUGGGCAAGUCAGCUUCCAAACAGUUUCAUAAUGAGGUCCUGAAGGCCCACAAUGAGUACCGGCAGAAGCACGGCGUCCCCCCACUGAAGCUCUGCAAGAAGCUCAACCAGGAGGCUCAACAGUAUUCUGAGGCCCUGGCCAGUACAAGGAUCCUCAAGCACAGCCCAGAGUCCAGCCGCGGCCAGUGUGGGGAGAACCUUGCAUGGGCAUCCUACGAUCAGGCAGGAAAGGAGGUGGCUGAUAGAUGGUACAGUGAAAUCAAGAACUAUAACUUCCAGCAGCCUGGCUUCACCUCGGGGACUGGACACUUCACAGCCAUGGUAUGGAAGAACACAAAGAAGAUGGGAGUGGGGAAGGCAUCCGCAAGUGACGGGUCCUCCUUUGUGGUGGCCAGAUAUUUCCCAGCAGGGAAUGUUGUCAACCAGGGCUUCUUUGAAGAAAACGUCCUGCCACCAAAGAAGUAACUUGUCAAAUGUAAUGGAAAGGUGGCAGACUUAAGAACGUGGAUAUGAAGUGCCUAGAACAACCAAAACCUGGCUGUGCGUCUGCCCCAGUGGGAGUAUGUGCUUGUGUGUAUGAUGCAUGUGAGCGUCUCUGGUAUAUACACUUGGACAUACAGGUCUAUGUGAGCUCAUUCUUAUUACAAGAGUGAGCAAAUGAAGCAUUAACCCUGAUGGUUACCUAGACCACGAUUAUUUGGAUUUGGGGGAGGGGAGAAUCAGUUUUUUAAUUUUUUUGUUAUUUUUAAGCAAACUUCUUUUGUAUCUUUCUUCUAAUAUCCAUCCCUGGACUUUUUGUAUUCCAAAUGUUUGUGAUGCUGAGAAAUGAAGUUCAUUUUAUGAGAUC